AUGUCUCAGCAAUUUUGGGUUCCUCACCCUACAGAAGUUUGGGGCGUCGCAGUGGAAGUUGAUGGGCAAAAUUACAAGCUUUGGAAGGCCUUUGAUUCGGAGACAGAUCCAAACAAUCUUGUUUUCACGCCUAAAGCAGAAGAUCGGCCAAGAGUUAAACCAGUAGUAGACCCAAAGGGGCUUCAAGGUCUGGACAACAUAUGCGACCUUUCAGAUGUUACCGAGGCGUCUCUGUUGCAGACCUUGCGACAGCGUUAUAAGGAAAGGCAGAUUUACACUAAUGUUGGGCGCAUUGUGCUUUCUUUGAACCCAUUCGAAUACCUUCCACUCUAUGGAGAAACCACCAUUUCUCAGUACAUGCUCUGUCCCGACCCGUAUACUCUGCAGCCGCACAUAUACCAAGUCUCUGCGGCGGCCUUGCAGAACCUGAGCGAAGAGGGGAAGCCGCAAGCAGCGUUGAUCACGGGAGAAUCUGGGGCAGGAAAGACGGAGACAACGAAGUUAAUUCUACAGUUUCUCGCAGUUGCGGGGGGAAGUGAUGCGGGCUGCAGGGAAGAACCUGAGGCAGGUACAAUCCAGCAACGGGUCCUUGAGGCAAAUCCUGUUCUCGAAGCCUUUGGCAACGCCAGUACGAGCCGGAAUCCAAACAGCAGCCGGUUUGGCAAGUGGAUCGAAGUGAUGUUCAGUGAAAAAUACACAGUUACAGGUGCGCGAAUAACAUCUUACCUUCUCGAGGUCCCACGUGUUGUUGGACACGCCGAGGGUGAGCGCAACUAUCACGUGUUUUACCAAAUACUAGAGGGACUCAAGGAUAGUAUAAAGGGACUUCAGGGUCAAUAUCAGCUAGGCACGGAUCCGGCCAUCUUCAAGUAUUUGCAGCCUUAUCUACCCAGCAAAACGAUCGAAGACGCUGAAGGGUUAGAGGAGCUGAAGCACGCGCUUCAGACAUUGGGAUUCCGGGCUGCACAGCAAAAUGACCUUUUUUCCGUUGUUGCAGCUGUACUGCAUCUGGGGAAUGUUGCCUUCAUACCUCGCAGUGCUGGUGGCGAAGAGGGUAGUACAGCUGAUCCCACGACAGCAGCAAAUCUGUCCAAUGCGGCUGCUCUUCUGGGUAUUCCUGAAGGUGACCUUCUGGAGAUCCUCGUAACGCGCUCACUGAAAACUGGGAACGAAGUCAUUAGAAUGGCAUUGACUCCAGCUAAAGCAGUUGCAGCGAGAGAUGGAUUUGCGCAAUUGGCUUACAGCUGCCUUUUUUCGUGGCUCAUUGCCAGAGUGAACGAAAGCUUGCAGCCGACGCAAGCAACCCAAGUAGAAAAGAAUGUCGUGGGUAUUUUGGACAUUGCGGGUUUUGAGAGCUUCAAAAAUAAUGGAUUUGAGCAGCUUUGUAUUAACCUUAGCAAUGAGAAACUUCAGCAUCACUUCAACCAGGAUAUUUUCUUGAACGAAAUUUCAGAUUACAAGAGGGAAGGGCUUCACGACUUGAAGCUGGCUUACACCGACAACGCUGAUGUUCUUGAUUUGAUUGAAGGCAAAGGUGGGAUUUUUGCCACACUAGACGAAGAGUUAUUUGUUCCUAAAGGGUCGGAGCAAGGCUUUGUUGCGAAGCUAGCGAAGAGUAGGGCGAAUGACAAGCGCUUGAUCCCAAACAAGGCCUCCGGCUCGCUGACGUUCACUGUUUGUCACUAUGCGGGUAACGUCAUAUACAAUGCAGAUGGAUGGCUGCAGAAAGACCAAAAUGCUUUGCCAGCAGACGCAGUAAACCUCCUGUUGUCCUCAUCAAAUGAGAUCCUUGUCCAGGCGGUACGACUUGUCACUGAGGCCUCUGCAACUCAGAACGUCAGCAAAGGGAAAGGCAAAAGCACUGUGGGUGUCAUGGAGGCCGUGCGGAUCCGAAAAGCAGGAUUUGCUUUGCGGCUACUGCAUGCAGACUUUGUGUCUCGCUAUGGUAUCCUAAUGGGCAAGCAAGCGAAAUCACUGAAGGCCAUGCAGCCGAAGGACGCAGCAGAAAUGCUGGUUGCUCACCUCAGGAACACAAUGGGUCUUACUCCUGAAACGUGUCUAAUUGGCGCCUCGAAAGUGUUCUGCAAGGAUACAGCGCAAGACGCCCUUGAAUCCAAUCGGCGCCUUUCCUUGGCAGCUCCGGCAAUUUUGAUUCAGAAACAUGUCCGCGGUUUCCUCGUCCGUCGUCGCGUGGCGGAGGUGCUUGCGCUGAGCCGUCAGCUUCGCGUGUUUGUUGAGGCCAUGGAGGAAGCGAAAAGGCAGGGAGGCUCUUUCCUUUCUCCAGCUCCAGUUUUCUCGGAAACGCCGAGUGCUCAAGGAUUAAAGCAGAAGUCAGAUGAUCUGCAUAUAUUGAUAACGAAAUGCGAAGCCCUAGGGCCGACGUUGGAGCCUCCAGUGCUCUCGAAAGCGAAGCGCGCCUUUACGAAGAUGAACAAUGAAGCUCUAGUUACACUCAAAUUAGAGUCCGCGAUUGCAGAAGCCAAUAACGACGUCGGUUCUGUUGCCGAUCUGCUGCUCCAAGCUCAGGACAAGGGCAUCAGCAAUGCCACUACUGAGCGCGCGGAGGCAGUAGUUAGCCGUUUGGAGGCGGAGCAUGCACUUUUGGCCGACCUGGCGCCGGCACUGGAGUCCCGCGACAGCUCUAAGCUGAAGAAGCUCACAGCGGAAGCGUUCCGCCUAACCGAACUGAGUGAGUUGAUCAACUGUGCACAAAAAUUGCUUACCGCUUCAUCAAAUGAAGACUACAAAGAUGAGCAAGCCCAAGCCGAGUUGGAGACUUCGCUCACGAAAGCACAAGAGCUUCAGAAGAUGAAGUCUGCCCGCACUUUGCAACAAGAAAUUCUCAGACAAACAGUAGAAACCUGCGUUGCCGCAGACAAGCGGAAGAGCGUUGUUGCAAUCAAUUCACUGACGUAUUCGAAAGACUCGUCAAAACUUGAGAAAAAAACGGGAAGGCCAAUCAAGGCUCGCCCACGGGACGAGUCGCCAAGUGCGUCCGAGUGGAGCGACAGCGACAGCGAAGAUGAUGGCUACUACUCUCUUUUUCAAGUGCCUGCCUCCGCAAAUGAGCGCCUUGCAUCAGAAGGGGCAUCUCAGAGGGACUAUAUGCACAAAUAUCUGAGUGAACUUACGCGUGCAACAACACAAUGUGAUGCAAAGACACUAGAAUUCCUGCUGUCAAGGGCCAGUGAGGCUGGCAUAUCUUCUGGCCAACGUGAAGUGCUGGUGGCCGAGCAGCAACUCCGCAAUCUAGCGGAUCGUCAUUGGCUCGAAUGCGAACUGAAAGAGUGUGUCAUUCUUUUUUCUUGGGGGAGUGUCUCAAGUGCAGACGUUACUCGCCUCUCUAACCUGAUCAAGCAAGCGCUUGUAACCCCUGGAGUCAAUGCGGAAAUUCUUCAAGCGGCUGAGGCUACAAAAAAUGCAGUGGCGGAGCCUGAAUUCAGCACCCCACAGCAUGACGAUCCGGCUGGGCUAUAUUCCUUGGAGACCUAUCCAGACUUGGCAAUAAAUAUUGAAAUGAAAAGGACAAAAAGUGCGUCCAAGGUGGCUCGUCUCAUGCUGCAAAGGGAGGCGCUUCUCUCCUUUCAGAGUGAUGUCCUGACGGAGCCUUUACUUGAGCUGCCAGACCCAUUAAAAAAGGACGGCCUUGUAAUAUUUCGCAAGCUGCAGUGCCUCAUGGGCGAUAGAUUUUCUGUGGGACACAAUUACUCAGUGGAACUUAUUAAGACAGCCACAGCUUGUGAACCUCUGCGAGAUGAAAUGUACGUACAGCUGCUAAAGCAGUUGAGGAGGAAUACCAACAAUAGAAGCGUCUUGAAGGGAUUCGGUUUUCUUGCAACGCUCUGCGAGCAUUGCCCUCCUUCUCCUGCGCUAGAAAGAUACGUGAGGCAAGCUCUGGAAGUGUACGUGGGCACGAGCUUCGCACCGAUCGGAGGGCAUUCUGUACUUGAUGGAGACAGCAAACAUAAAAACUUCAUGCAAGCACCAACAGCUGCUGCAGGCGCCAUUUAUGACACAGAGCUGCAAAGCAUAUGCGCUAGGGGACUUCGGGCGCUCGAGGAAAACAAUACUGCAAACCGACACGAAGAAAGCGCCAAAAUCCCGCGCAAGUCGAUUUUCGAAUUCCAGAUCUUUCUUGCUGAUGGCUCCCGGAGACGGGUGCCUCUGGGACUACAAGCAACCGCCGAAUCUUUGUGCCGCAGCACUGCUUCUUCCCUGAACAUUCACAACAGUGAAGAAUGGGUGAAGCUGAUGUUCAGGAGGCCAUAUUUACGUUUACGGGAGAACAUUGUGCCCCAUCCCGCUCACAGUCGCCUAACGUGCCAACAGGCUGUAGCUGACUACAUGUAUUACCCUCUCGAAGAGCCUCCUGAGCUUGUCGCAGAGAUUGCGGCAAAAAUUUGGUGGCUGAAGGUGUCAGCGCAAAAUCAAAGCACUGUACGAGGAGGAGCCAAGUGGUUGACUGUUGCCGAGCACAUUCCUGUGAGGCUUCAGGGGAAUCUACCGCCACAUCGAUGGGUGGCUCUAUUUGAACAGUACGCGCAGGAUUUGGAGCCGGACGAAGGAGAACUUGUGUUCGGCGGUUCGUUUUUCCUCUGCGAUCCAUUUGAGCUGAAGCUUUGUCACAUCGAAGCCUUCCCUGAAGUUUUUGCAGCUAUUGCUGCGGCAGCUGGCUGCAGUUUGCCGAGUGAAGAAUCAGACAGCUUGAAAGAGGCUCGGCGCACCAUCCAGGACCUUAUCGACAACAGCCUGCAUACACUAUUGAUGCGAGAAGACAACAGAGGAGCCUCGAAGCUGCCGAGGCUACUGUGCCCGCCGCUGAACUUUGUGAAGAUGAACCAGUGCAACGUCACAUCCAAGGCCUCGCUGCCGCCCUUCACGAUAAAAGCAUCAGCUCUCUUCCAGAGGAGGUAUGCAGAUUUCGUGUCUUUACCUGUUCUCCAUGAGUCUGGCUAA